UCCAUAGGCCGUGCACAUAAACAGGAAGUCUAUCUGGUUUAGCAGCCAGCAGCGCUGUGAGUAAAUUAAUUCAAAUCACUACCAGCGAAGUUUAGAACAAUAUGAAGACAAUCUGAGCCAAGAAAGAAGAACUUCUCCUUGUUGUGAGAGGUUUGGGCCCAUAAAUCACCACAGCUCCGUGAGGUAAACAGGCUCUGCAAAAAGCAUUAACCCACACCUGCUGCACGAUCCAGGUAUGAACCGAGACAGGUUUGUCCGAUGCAGUACUGCAGUACUCGGGGUGGGGUCCGUGGAUGGGACUUCCGGGAUGUGCUGCUCUCAGGUUACGCUCCAGACGGGGGGAUGUUCAUGCCAGAGAGCGUACCUGUGCUGAGCCCAGACACCUUGAGGGCCUGGAGGGGGCUGACCUACACCAAACUGGUGGUAGAAGUCGCCUCACUGUUCAUCCCCACUCAGCUGAUCCCCAGAGAGGACCUAGAGGUCCUGGUGGGUGAAGCCCUGUCUGGUUUCUCAGUGCCUGAGGUGGUGACAAUCGCCCGGCUGAAGGACGGUCUGUCAGUCCUGGAGCUCUUCCAUGGAGACACCUUAGCCUUCAAGGACCUGGCCAUGACCUGCACUGUGCGCUUCCUCGACUACUUCCUGCGAAAACAGAAUCGCAGAGCUACUGUUGUUGUUGGUACAUCAGGGGACACAGGUGGCUCAGCCAUCCAGAGCGCCAAAGGUCUCGGUGGGUUUGAUGUGGUGGUGAUUUACCCCCGAGGACGCAUCACUCCAGUCCAAGAGAAACACAUGAUCACCUGCCUGGAGGAUAAUAUCCAUGUGUUUGCAGCAGACGGCAGCUCAGAUGACAUAGAUCAGCCUCUGCGCCGUCUCUUCGCCGACCAGGAGCUGGUCAAGUCUCACGGUCUCAUGAGCCUUAACUCAGUCAACUGGUCUAGAGUCAUGGUCCAGCUGGCUCACUUCAUCUAUGCUUACCUGGAGCUCAGCGGUAUGGAGCAGGCCGAGGCUGACGGAGACCUGCCUGUGCUGGAGGUGGUGGUGCCAACUGGAGGGGCGGGAAAUAUUGCAGCUGGCUACAUAGUAAAGCAGAUGGGAUUGCCCUUGAAGCUGGUGGCCAUGGUGAAUUCUAAUGACAUCGUGCACAGGACGGUAACCACUGGGGACUUUUCCAUGGCAGCUAAUGUCACACAAACUUUGGCCUCUGCCAUAGACAUCCAGGACCCGUACAACAUGGAGCGAGUGUUCUGGCUGCUGCUGGGCAAAGAUGGUGCUUCAGUGAAGAACAUGAUGGAGGAGUUUCAACAAUCUCACAGACACUCUCUGCCGGACAACCACCGCAAACUAUUAUCACAAGUUUUAUCAACUGGAACAGUGACCGAUGAAGGGAUCCUGGAGAUCAUGAGGAGAUGCUGGGAGGAAAACCAGUAUGUCCUGUGUCCACACACAGCUGUGGCUGUAUGGCAUCAUUACCACUGUCCUCACAGCCCCGGGAUCAACAGGUGUUACAUUGCAACAGCAUCUCCAGCCAAGUUUCAGGCAGCAGUGCAGAAGGCCGGCCUGACCUUUGACCUACCUGAGGCAGUGCUGGCGUUGGACAAGUUGGCCACCCGUUACCAGAACCUGGAACGGAGCGAGAACUGGUGCAAAGACUGGGAGGACAGUCUGAGAGAGAAACUCCAGUCUGUGAGUUCAGCCAGGAAGAACAAGGGGACUUAUUACAGCUGAUUAGGAAAGGUGUUAUUAUAUAUAUUAAAAUAGGGUUUUUACUUCAGAAAAGCUGAUUUUAAUCAUUAAACUGUGUAAUGGGUGAGGUCAGGUGACUCUGGCAGUGUGACAAUGACCUAUGCACUUCCUUAUCUGGAUGUAGUGAAUUAUGUUGAUGGGAAAGGCCUCCUGUUGCCUCUUUGAUGGACUUUGGUCUGCAGUGUCAUACAAAUUAAGUAAUUAUUGUUAUGCAGCAACAUUUCUGUCCCCAUGAAUUACUUCCUCAUAUUUUCUUUAAAAUGUGUCAGAUAUUUAUAUCACAUGUCUUAAAUUAAAGAUUAAGGUCUUCUUUAUAACAUAAACAAAGAAUAAUGCACAUUAAAGAUAUAAAUAUAAAAUAACAUGUUUACUCUACUGAGCUUUUUUUGGUACGUGUGCUCGAUUUUACCAUGUCCCCAGAGCAAAGCAAUCAACUUCUACAAGAACUAUAAGACAUAAAAUUAUAAAAUAUGUUUAUAAUAUGUUAUAUACUGUAUGUCAUAGUGGAGGCUGGUCCAUAGAGGCAAAGGAGGUUGCUCCUCCUCUAUUUCUGAGAGGUAAGAGGGAGAUCAAAGUAUUAAAAAAAGUAAUUAGCUAAAAUAAACCAUUACCAAAUCUCA